AAACUGUUAGAACUUAUCUAACCUGAGCACUACUCUCUCUCUGAUUUGAACUAGGAAAAAGUAUCUUACUUAAAGGUAGGAGAUGAUGGCUAUGUACAGUGGUAUCUGCAUCUACAUGUUCCUUGCUAUGCUGUCAACGAGCUCUUUUGGACAGCAGGCUACAGGCUCGCACAAUGAGAAUCCUGUGGCCACUGAGCUUGAGCAGAGCUUGACAGAACAUCACCGACAUGUUCGUGUCCCUUCAUCUGCUGGCCAGCUGAAACCUAUCCAGCGGCUGGAUGGAAAUGUUGACCAAAAAGCCAACAUUGGAGCUUUGCUGGCCAAAUAUCUCCAGCAAGCCAGAAAAGGUCCUACUGGAAGGAUCUCAAUGAUGGGAAACAGGGUACAGAACAUUGACCCUACACACAGGAUAAACGACCGAGAUUACAUGGGCUGGAUGGAUUUUGGACGCCGCAGUGCUGAAGAAUACGAGUACUCCUCUUAAAGAACAUCGAACUAUCUCAAAAAGAAGAAUCCUACUCCCAUUUCUGUACAGAAGGAAAAAAAAUAAUUUUUGUCCUCUACGAAUCAGUGUUUAAAAAUAUAUAUUAUGUCCUUGAUGUAAAUUCGUCUGUAAAACUAUACAAUGCAAUAUAUACAUAUGCAGAAUUUUCCAAAAAAAUGUUCUCUUUCUCCUAUGGUUUCUUAUCAUA